AUGUUUCUCCUGGCUGUCCCGAAUGAAUGGGCGGCUGAAGCAUUCACUAAAGGAUUGAAUCUGAGAAGUUCAGACACUUCUCGAAAGUUGAAGGAAAGUUUGCUUGAGUUUCAGGCUACGACUUGGACAGAUGUCCAUAACCGGUACGAGUCAAAGAUAAGAAUCGAAGAUGAUCAAGUUGGCUUUCCAUCGUCGGCCAAAAUUCGGGAGAAGGAUAGAGAAAAUCAAAAGAUGACUACGACAGAUGGACUUCGAGGGGCCGGAGAAAGAAAUGUCAGGGUCACGGGAUCUUUCUUACCCCAAGUUAUCGAAAUACAAGUUCAAAGUCAGUAUAGUGGAAUUGUGUUAGCCUUGAGAAACAUCAAAGAGGCACGAUUCCCGAGACCAAUGAGAUCCGUUCCCGAACAGAGGGAUCCCAACUCAUGGUGUGAAUACCAUGGGACAAAGGGCCACCGGACAGGGGACUGCCGACACCUUCAGGAAGAAGUGGAAACACUAUUGAAGAAUGGUCACCUCAUAGAAUUCUUAAGUGACCGAGCCAAGAACAACUAUGGUCGGAACAGAGACAAUGCGGAACCCUCGAAAGCAGGAGAAGAACCCCCACACCAAACGGUCAAUGAUCUUCAGAUUAAUGAGGUCACCUUUUCAGCGAUGAAGAAGACGAAAGUUUCAAUAACUCGAAGUAAAAGGCUCUGGGAAGAUGAUAUCACUUUCACGGAGGAAGAUACAGAUGGAUUGUUGCUUCCACACAAUGAUGCACUGGUAAUUUCUUUAAAUGUAUUAGAUUUUAAGAUUAAAUGUGUUCUAGUGGAUCCAAGAAUUUCAGCUAAUAUUAUACAAUGGAGAGUACUGGAGCAAACCAAACUCACCGGAAGCAUUAUUCCGGCAACAAAGCUCCUCGCUGGAUUCAACCUCGCAAGCGUGACAACCCGGGGAGAGAUUUUGCUGCUCACAAAUCCUGAAGGAGUAAUGAAGACAACUCUCUUCGAAGUUGUAGACGGAGUCAUGGGGUACUAUAUUAUCCUAGGAAGGCCAUGGUUACAUGAGAUGAAAGUUGUGCCUUCAACGUAUCACCAAUUGUUGAAAUUUUCGACACCCGAGGGGAUCAAGCAUAUAAGGGGUGAUCAACCGGCAACAAGAGAUGAAUGCAAUCUCGGUCUCUAG